AUUAGAGCAAUGCCUCGUCUUGAUGGACCAGCUAACCCUCAGCUGGUAACGAGUAAUGAAUUUGGACCUCGUGAACGUCGCCGCUGCAGUUCAAUACCAUACAUCGUGGAUGACGCUCACGAGAGACAGAAACUGGUGGAAACAAUGCUCUGGCCUGCACGACGAGUAGAGGAGACAAACUAA